CAACCAAAAUUAAUUACAUGUUUGUCAACUCCAAACUCCGCGCUCACCGCAUCGUCACGCUCAUUCUGACGUUAACAUCAGCUGUGUUUUAUGCCGUUGCUGCUGCGAGCAACACGGUGUACAGCGCCGAUGUGAAGACGUACGUGCCUAGCGAGGGCUGGGUGAAUGUGACCGCCGACGGCGGGUUUUGGAAGAUGUGCGUCCUCGACUACUGCGACUGGUGGCAUUGGCAGGAUUUUGAAACCUAUUCGCUCGUCACCAACUCUGGAUUGUCCAAGCUCUACUCGAGCGGCAGUGUUGUCGCGUCUGGCGCGCUGUUCUCUGGGAUUGCCGCGGCGUUUAUCGCUGCCGUUACAAUCAACGCGACGCUCCGCAUUCGCUGGGUCCUCGUCCCACUCAGCUUGGCUGUGAUUGUCGCGGCUGCGGGCUUGGGCAUGGCGGCAGACAUCAAAGUCCGCCCCGAAACAUGGCUCAAUGUCAGUGUCAUCCCGAUCCCGGUUACCAUCGACUACGGUCACAUGUUUGGCCUGAUCGCCGCAGGCUUUGUCGCCGUCCUCCUGGCGCUCGUUCAAGAGAUUGCAGUGUUCGUUGUGCAUGGCGACCAGCACUACCUGACCAUCCAAGCAUAACUCUGCGCAUCCUUGUUGCAUGAUCCCAAAAUAAAUCUUUCGUUUUAGGCU